AUGGCUAAGACUAAAUCAAGAGGAAGAAGAUUAGCCGCUAAGGAAAGAGAGAUUAUUGACGAUGAAGAGAUCAACAACAGUAACAACUUAGAAUUCAAUUCUGAGUCGCAAAAGAAGACUGUCUUCUUUGGAUUAGUUGACUCCAAUGAACUUGAUUAUUUCAAACAGGCAGAAUCGACAUUGAAUGUGAACAUGUUUGAUAGUGAUGAAGAGAGGCAAGGGUUUAUCGGUUCUGUCUUGGAAGAAGCUAAAGGAAAGGAGCUUAAAUUGGUGACCAACCAAAUCUGUUCAAAAUUGAUGGAACGGUUGAUCUUAGGAGCUAACAAUAGACAACUUAAGGAAUUGUUUCAACUGUUUGGAGGACAUUUUGUUGAUUUGGCUUGUCAAAAGUACUCCUCUCAUGUUUUGGAGACGUUAUUUGUCAGAAGUGCUGGUGUUAUAGAGAGGGAGUUGAUUCUGGGCGGUGAAGAAACGAACGAUAAUAAUGAAGAUGUAGCAGAAGGAGAAGAAGAAGAAACAGAUUCUUUUAUCCCAAUGGAGACACUUUUCAAUAAGAUGCUCAAUGAGUUCAAACCAAUUGUUAAAACCAUGAUAGAUGAUCAAUAUUCGUCCCAUGUAUUGAGAUUAUUAAUAUUAAUUAUGUCUGGAAAGCCAAUGCCUUCAUCUACAAUGGCUCAUUCAACUUUAAGAUCAAAGAAAUCCAAGAUUGCCAGAAAAAUGAUUGAUAUAAAAGAUAAUGAAGAUUUCCUGAGAGCUUUCCAGACCCCAGCAUCAUUUAAACCUCAAUUAAGAGAUUACUGUAAUGCCAUUAGCAUUGAUGAGAACAUGAGACACAUGAGAGAGUUGGCUUCACAGAAGGUUGCUUCUCCUGUGUUACAAUUAUUAGUUCAAGUUGAAGGUAUCAUUGAUAAGGAACGGACCAUUUGGCAUUUAUUAUUCUUAAAGGUCACCGACCCCAAAGAUCCUCAAGAAGAAGCAUUCAUGGAGUUCUUACUUUCAGACUCAGUGGGGUCUCACUUCUUAGAGUCCAUUAUUAAGAAUGAUGGUGUCAGAAUGAAAUAUAUUGAAAGACUAUACCAGCUUUAUAUCAAAGACAGAAUUCUUAAAUUAACAGGAAGAUCAACAACUGCCAUUUAUGCGAUCCAAGCGUUAUUGUUCAAGUUAAAGCCAGUGGAAGUAGAGUAUAUUCUUGAUAUCAUUAUUCCUGAGUUUUCGAACUUGGUUUCUGUUUCUGAAAACCAUAAUAUCGACUUUGGUAAAGCCAUUAUUGAUGCUUCUAUUUCCAGAUUCAACUAUAGAAAAGAUGAUAUCGUGAGUCAGUUGUUUAAAAAGUUUGCACCCAAUUACAACGAAGAUGAUGGAGAUAAUACUAGCACCGAGUUCUUAGAGAAUACACUUCAAUUGACUGGCUCCACUUUGGGGAAUACCAAGGAUGAUUGGCCAACAGCAGAGGAAAGAAGACGAGCAUUAUUUGUGGAGAAGCUUAUGCAAUACGACUACAAGUUUGUUAUUUGUAGUUGGUACAACUUCAUGGCCUUGCCAUCUGAGACUCUUGAACAAAUGUGUUUUCAUGGUGUAUUUUCUAGAGUGAUUGAGGAGCUGUUCAAAGUACUUCCCGAUGAGGAAAAGCCUGUCGCGGUUUUACGUAAGCGUGUCUUGAAUUUAUUUCAAGGUAAGAUGGUUAAAUUGGCAUGUAAUGCCUAUGGAUCCCAUUUGGUCGAUAAGCUAUGGGAUUUCACUAUUUUUUUGCCGAUGUAUAAGGAUCGGAUAGCUAUGGAAUUGUAUGGAGAGUCCAAGAAAGUCAAGGAGAGUAAUUACGGAAGAUUAGUAUGGAAGAAUUGGGGAAUGGAAUUAUUUAUUAGAAAGAAGUAUGAAUGGAAGGCAUUAAUAAAGCAACAAGAAGCUGAAUUCCAUGUUGAGCAUACACAAGAAGAACAACAGCAAGAUGAAGGUGCACCAACGAAGAAAAGACCAAUUGAUAUUAAGAUGGAACAAUUGGCAAAGGAAAGAGAGCUACAAGAGAAGAGAAGAUUGCAGGAAGAAAAUGGUGAUGAUGAUGGGUCUAAUGGUGCAAAGAGACAAAAGAUUAGAGGGCGUAAUAGAUAA